AUGGAUAGCGAUUUGAUCGAUGAAGAAUUUGUGUAUGGACCAAAAAUAGGAAAGAUAAAAAAAAAGAAGGAAGUUAUAUUAGAUACCUUAAAAAGUGUAAUAGACCCCGAUUUAAAAAAAAACAUUGUUGAGUUAAAUUUUGUUCGUAAUUUAAAAAUAAAUGAGGAUGAAAAAGGAGAAAAAUAUUUUGUUGAAUUUGAUUUAAAUUUAACUACACCAGCAUGUCCAGUAAAAGAUGAUUUAUUAAGAGAAUGUAAAGAAAAAUUAAGUUUGUUUGAAUGGAUAAAUGAUAUAAAUAUAAAUAUAACAUAUAUUAAUUUUAAUGAAAAAAGAGGAAAUAAUAAAAACAAAAUUGAAAAUAUUAUCUUAAUAUAUAGUUGUAAAGGUGGAGUCGGGAAAUCUUUUUUUUCAGUUAACUUUUCAUAUUAUUUAAAGAAAAAAGGAGCAUCCGUUGGAAUUUUGGAUGCUGACAUUAAUGGUCCAAGUCUCCCUACGUUGUUACCGUUUGAUUAUGAAUAUGUAAAGUUUAAGGUGGUUAAUAAAAAAAAGGGCGAGCAUACAAAAGGUAAAGAUGAUGAUAUGAAUAAUAAUGAUAUGAAUAAUAAUAAUAAUGAUAUAUAUAAUAAUAAUAUAGAUAGUAAUAAUAUAGAUAGUAAUAAUAUAGAUAGUAAUAAUAUAGAUAAUAAUGAUAUAUAUAAUAAUAAUAUAGAUAGUAAUAAUAUAAAUUACAAUUUACAUAAUAAUGAUGGUAAAAAUACAUUUUGUGGUGAAAAAAAAGAAAAGAAAAAUGUGUCUACACAUGAAAAAAAUUUGAUUACCCAAUGUGAUAAUGAACAAAAAGAUGAUGAUUUCUUUUUUAAUUUAUCACAUGAAGAAAGAAACGAAAAAAAAAAAGAAAAAAAAGAGAAUAGAGACAAUUUCUUAAAUAAAAUUGAUUCUAAAAGUUAUAAUACAUUAUCAAAUGAUGAUAAAGAAAAAUCAGGAACAGUUGAAUAUGAUGAGAAUUUAUCUAUGAUUGAACCAUUAAUAUAUAAUGAUGUUAAACUUAUGUCAUAUGCUUAUAUACAAAAUAAAAUGAAUUUAGGUUUUUCUUCUUUUCGUGGGCCUAUAUUAAACGAAUUAAUAAAAGAAUUCUUAUAUCAUGUAAAUUGGGGUGUAUUAAAUUAUUUAAUUAUUGAUAUGCCACCUGGAACAAAUGAUAUACAUUUAAAUUUGUUUGAAUCGGAAAAAAUUGACGGCAUUAUAAUGAUUACAACUCCAAAUGAUUUGUCGACAAACGAUGUAGAGAAAGGUAUUAACAUGUGUAAUUUUUUUAAUAUACCUAUAGUAUGUUUAGUUAUUAAUAUGAAUUAUUUUAUAUGUGAUAAUUGUGAUAAAAAACAUUAUAUAUUUAAUAAUACCGAUAUGAAAUCAUUAAAAGAAAAAAUUCGUAAUAUAUAUGAAAUACCAUUUCAUCCAGUACUAGCCAAAAAUGUAUAUGUCCAAAAAAAAAAAAAUUAUAAAAAAGACAUAGCUGAUGUUGUAAGUUUAGAAGAUGGAAAUAUGAAACAUAAUGAAUAUACAGAAAAAGUAAAAAAUAUUUCAGAGAAACACAUAAAAAAGUUUCCUUUUAUUUUAGCAUAUGAUAAUAAUAAUUUUUUAUUAGAACAAUUAGAAAAUGUCUUUCAACAAAUAGUAAGAGAAAUCUCAAUUUUAAAAUAUAAACAUAAUUUAAACAUACCAAAUUUACAAAUAUAUAAAAAGAAUUAUCUUCAAUUGUCCUUUGAUACUAUACAAAAUAAAUAUGUCUUCUCAGAUGAUGUUUUAAUAUGCCAUAUAAAAGAUAUAAGAAGAAAAUGUAAAUGUCUUAUAUGUAAAGAAAAUAAAAAAGAAAAAAAAUGUAUUCAAUAUGAUAAAAAUAAUAAUCAUAAUAAUUAUAAUUUAAAAAAAAAAAUCUCCUUAUUCCCACCAAAUUUAUAUGUUAAAGAUAUUAUACCUUUAGGUAUAUAUAAUGUUAAAAUUGUAUGGUCGGAUAAUCAUUCCUCUAUAUAUUCUUAUGUCUAUCUUAAGCACCUCUUUGAAAAAAAAAGAAUUAAGAACAACAAUUUGUUUUGUAAAACAAAUAAUAGUGCUAUCUAUGAAUGGUAA